CACUGCGACGCUGUCCACCGCGCACGGCACACGCACCAGCUACAAAGAUAUCACGGGCGGCCACCGAGCCAGAGCGCGGUGAGGAAGAUGAAGAUGCUGCUGCUGUGCUGCUCCCUCGCCGUCGUGCUGCAGCCGUCGCGCGCGCUCUUCGACCUGCGCGGCGCGUCCGUCUCACUGCAGCUGCGUGCCGCCGCCGGCGGUGGCGGGGGCUACGGCGAGGAGAAGGUUCCGAUGACCGUCGUGGUGCCGGACUACUCACCGCGGCCGGCGCCGUUCGGUGCACCGGCUCCCACACCCGCGCCGGCGCCGGUGCCGGUGCCGGCGCUCGCGCCGUUGCCUGGCUCGGACGGCGGCGGCGACGACAUGCCGACGCUGCCGUCGGAGCGGCGUAGCCCUGGCCGCGAGCCGUCCGGCGGCAAUGCGGGCGCUCCGGCUCCUGCCGCCGCGUCGGGCGGGACAAGCACCGCCUUCAUCAGCAGCAGCCCGGCGGUGCCGCUCCCAGCCGGCGUCACCGACUCGGCCACCGUCCUGCCCAUGCCCACCCCGGGCCAAGAACAGCAGCUUUUGCUGCAUCUUUGCGAGCUCGCUUUCACCUUUCCCUUUGCAUCGCAUCUAUCGCACCUUUUCUUGCCUCGCUCUGACUGACUGACCGACUUGUUUUGCAAUUUGCUCCAUGAUCGAUUGGUGGUGGCGCCUUUUGCAGGUCGUGGGGAUGGGCACCCUGCUUCGAGCCAGGACGGUGCAGCAGCUCGCCCUUCCUCUCGCCAUGAUGCUGUUCUUUUGGGCUCUCUGGUAGAGUACAAGUGUGCAACUAGUUGUAGUUCUUUUAGUAUUAUAAUCACUAGCUCUUUCUCUCUGUAGAUUGUUCGAAGUCCUAACCAUGCAUUUGUGAAAACCGUCAACCCCAUGCAUUUUAUCAGAUUAGUGUUUCAC